AUGGAGAAAAGUGGAGUAGAACCGGAUGCAAUCACAUGUGCCAGUGUUCUUCCAGCAUGCGGAGAUCUUUCAGCAUUGUUGUUAGGAAGGAGGAUUCAUGAAUACCUUGAGAGGAGGAAUUUACGUCCAAAUUUGCUAUUGGAGAAUUCUUUGAUAGAUAUGUAUGCUAGGUGUGGAUGUUUAGAAGAUGCAAAAAGGGUUUUCGACAGAAUGAAGUUCCGUGAUGUUGCAUCUUGGACUUCGUUGAUAUCUGCUUAUGGUAUGACCGGGAAAGGCUGUAAUGCUGUCGCACUCUUCACAGAAAUGCUAAAUUCAGGUCAAAUUCCAGAUUCUAUCGCAUUCGUCGCAAUUCUCUCGGCUUGCAGUCAUUCAGGGUUACUGGAUGAAGGGAAGAUUUACUUUAAACAGAUGACCAAUGAUUAUAGAAUAACACCAAGAAUCGAACACUUUGCUUGUAUGGUUGAUCUAUUAGGACGUGCUGGACGUGUAGACGAGGCCUAUAAUUUUAUCAAAGAAAUGCCAAUUGAGCCUAAUGAAAGAGUUUGGGGGACACUUCUUAGCGCUUGCAGGGUGUAUCUCAAAUCAGAAUUACCAAAAACCUUCGUGUUUGUGGAGACUGCCAUAUUGCUGCAAAGUUAA